UCGCGCCUGCGCAGUGCGUCCCAUCCUCCGAUCAGUGCGGCAGGAAAAGCGCAGAGGAGACGCCGCGGAGAUAGAGGGAGAGGGGAGAACAGUUAGAAGAGAAAAGGGAAAAGGAAAAAAAAAGAAGAAGAACAUGGACACAAACAGUCUGUUGAGUUCAUAUGGGAAACUGUCCCCUGGUGUUGGACUGUAGCUGUCCUCCUCUGCCGCACAGCUGCUCCGUUAUGUCGACCUGAGGAUAAUAAUUUCAGGGAAUGGAGGAAAUCUUCAGAAGAAACCUUGCCACUUUAACUGCGCCGUGCUGUCUUUGGGCUUGAAGGCUAUGACUGAAACCUAAACUGAGGACGGAGCUCAUGUAAUCCAGGGGGGCUGCUAUCCAACCCGUCGUGAUCUCCAACAUCAGGCCACGCUCAAAGUUUUUUUUUUCCAUUUUUUUUUUAUUUUGGUGUGGAGAAGGGGAUUUUUUUUUUUUUUUUUUUUUUUUUGCUGCAUUGAAUUCCUCUGGACGGGAUGUCAUCCGCAGUCAGGAGGAACUCCUCCGGCUGACUGAUCCUCCAGGGUGUAGCAGGGAUCCACACGGAGAGACGAUGGGAGAUGCCACAGAUGACAGAGGGAUGAGACAGACCUUCAUCGUCCCCGCGAUCAAGAGCUUCGAUCACUACGACUUCACCAGGGCCAAGAUAUCCUGCAGCCUGACGUGGCUGGUGGCCAAGGCUUUCGGCUCGGACGCAGUACCAGAGGAGCUGGCUGAGCCUUUCUACAGAGACCAGUACAACCAGGAGCACCUGAAGCCGCCGGUCGCCUGCCUCCUUCAGUCUGCUGAGCUCUACUGCCGGGCGGGAAGCCUGAUCCUCCGCAGCGAUGCCGUCAAACCCUUACUGGGACACAAUGCCGUCAUCCAGGCCCUGGCCCAGAAAGGCCUGUACGUCACCGACCAGGACCGACUGGUCACUGAGAGAGAUCUGACCAGCACACCCAUACACAUGAGUUCCCAUCUGGCGCUCAUAGACACCCUGAUGAUGGCCUACACGGUGGAGAUGGUGAGCGUGGAGAGGGUGAUGUCCUGCAUCAACAGGUACUCCUCAGCUGAGCCAUCGCGAGGUGACGGACUCGUCCAGGAGCUGCCUUAUGACACGGAGGACGCGAUCAUCACCUGGAUCAACAAGGUGAAUGAACACCUGAGGGACAUCCUGGUAGAGGAGCAAAAGUUGCGAGAGGCCUCUAUCCAGGAGUCAAACAACACAACACAGAAAGCUCGCUACAGGAGGGAGCAUGCCCACAAGAGCGCUCCGUCGCUCCCCCUGCUGGAGAACCUGCUGAAGGAUAACACGGACGGCUGCGCCCUGACCGCCCUGCUGCACUUCUACUGCCCACAGGCCAUCAGACUAGAAGAUAUCUGCCUCAAGGAGACCAUGUCUCUGGCUGACAGUCUGUACAACCUCCAGCUGGUGCAGGAGUUUUGCAGGAACAACCUCAACCACUGCUGCCACUUCAGCCUGGAGGACAUGCUCUACGCACAUGCGUCCAUAAAGAGUAACUACCUGGUGUUUAUGGCUGAGCUUUUCUGGUGGUUUGAAGUGGUUAAACCCUCAUUUGUGCAGCCCAGAGUCUUCGACCCAAACGCCGCCUGUGAACCUGUAUCCACCUGCAGAAAUAUGGCUCCUGUGUCCAGUCCAGUCAAACAGAGCUAUGCAGACAGAGCUCCCAGCCCGGACAACAUCCCUGCUGAAGGUGUAAUGAAAAGAUCUACCUCCAUGUCCUAUGUUGAUGGCUGUGUCGGGACAUGGCCCAAAGAAAAACACUCCUCCUCCCGGGGAAUCUCUUUUGAAAUUCCUCUGGACGGAGACCCGACCUUGCCGCCGUGUGAGGCCCCCGCCCUCAGAGGUAUGACCCGCUCGGCAAGCAGCGAUGGCCUGGGCUUCAAAGUUCACUAUGCAUCCAGAGGAGGCAUGAAGCGCCACCCCUCCCACGCGCCCGUCAGUGUGAACGGCCAGAGCAGACACAUACCGGAGGAGGACGAGGACUUCAGCUCCCACAAACCUUUGGGGCGGAACAACACGUUCUCGAUCAAGAACCAAAGCAGAUACUCCAAUGGCGUCCUCCCGGACAACAACAGCCCCAGCCAUCACCACGGCAACCACGCCGGCCACACCAGCCCGUCGACUCCUCCGAGCAUCGAGGAGGCUCUGAAGAUCAUCCAUGACACAGAAAGGCCCCACGCCAGCCUGGGGGUGGGAGGCGAUGACAACGGCUUCUUUCUUCACGGCGCGGAGCCGUCUGAAGCUGCAGGGGCCCAGGGUCAAGAAGACGAGCUGGGUUCAGCUAAGGGACGCCUAAACGACCACGACCCCAACUCCUUAUCCACUGAUGAAGUUGAUACGGGUAUUCACGUGCGGACUGAGGACAUCCAGAGCCUUGAUGAGGACUCCUCCUCUCUGAGAGACUAUUCGGACAUAGACCCAGACUGUGAGGCCACGAUGCGGUCGUGUCCUCUGCCCGAGCGGCCGCAGACGGAGAAAAACCAGGAAGGAGGACGCAACAGUGUCAGUGACAGUAUCAACGCCGACGGGGGAGACGGAGGCGACAGAAGCAGCCCCUGCCCCAGUUCGGCACCCACACUCCCCAGGUCACACACAGUCAGUCCUACUUCGAUGUCUGGUGGGUCCGGAGGCGGCAUGGUGAGGAUGACGAGCUUCGCGGAGCAGAAGUUCAGGAAGUUAGAGGGAAGAAGCAGCGGGGGGACCACACCUGAGAGUUCAGAUCUCAAUGUACCGUACACACACCUGCCAAAAAGCCUUCCCUCCCAGAUAUCUACACCUCCCCUGCCAAUCACAUCACCCUCUCCAAUAACCCCUUCACCCAGAGACCCCUCCCACCUCAUAGCCUCAGAAAUGAUUCAGCUGAGGAUGAAGCUCGAAGAGAAACGGCGAGCCAUUGAAGCGCAAAAGAAGAAGGUCGAAGCGGCUUUCACUCGGCAUCGCCAGAGAAUGGGCAGGACUGCCUUUCUGAACGUGGUGAGAAGGAAAGGAGUGACAGCCCCCCUGAGCCCCAGCUCGGGGGGAGCGGAAACACCCUCACCAGAGCCGCUCGCUUCCUCCAAGGAAAACAGCCAGGCCAGCAUGGAGCGGGCGGAGAGGUGCAAGCCAGACGGAGCAGCGCCUAAAUCCCCCUGUGAAGAAGGCGGCGGUGUGACUCCAGGGGAAAUCGACCUUGCGGAGUACACACGCUCCAUCGAGAGGCUGAACACGUCACUGGGUUUCCUGCAGACGGAGAUGCAGCGUCUGGCCCAGCAGCAGGAGAAGAUCAUGGCCAUGAGAGACCAGCAGCAAGCCUGGGUCAUACCGCCUCCUGCUCCAUCUCCACACAGGCAGCUCCGUGAGUUGCGCAGCAGCAGCGUGACGGGCCGGGGCUCGGGCCGAGGCUCUGUGGGUUCCUUAUCGCCCAUCCUGUCGUCUUCUGGAUCCCCGCGCGCUCCCAAUCGUUCCCCUGCUGGCCUCAAGCGACGGCCGGCCUCCUUCCACGCCAGAACACCUCGCACUCCGCGGCCAAACGACCUGAAGGUCACUCCCUUCAGCCGGAUGCUCAACACGCCCACCUCAGUGGACAGUUUACCCAGACUGAGGCGCUUCAACCCAAACCAAACCCAGCUCUGUUCUUUUGCCUACUUGGGCCACGACGAGGGGCCUGGGAAAAGCAAGAGCCAAGACAGUAAGGACAACAAAGAAAACACUAAGAACGCAGAGGAGAUGGUGGAGAAGACGAGUGCUGGCACUCCUCAGGCUCCAGACAGAGGAGCCGCCAACGAGAAGGAAGACAAGCAGCAGGAUGAGGAGAGGGAGGAUCUGUCGAGGAAGUCAGAGGUGUUGUUUCAGCCGGUGUCGGAGGUCAAAGGCGCCGCAGGCACCCGGGGCAAAGGAGACCGCCAGGACAGGAGAGACCUGGUGGCAAUGCCUCUAUCCAGGCAGAAGCCUCCAGAUGGCCAAGGGCAGGAAAUGGAAGGAGAGGGAGAAACAGGAGGAGAGAUGCAUGGAGAGGACCAGAAGAUGUGCUGUGGAUUCUUCUUUAAGGAUGAUGUGAAAGGGGAAGAGGACAUGGCAGCAAAGAAAGCAGCUCUACUGGAGAAGAGGUUGCGUAGAGAGAAGGAGGCUCAGGAGAAGAAGCAGCAACAGGAGCUGGACCAGGAGCAGAAGAAGGAAGCUGCACGGUUGAAAGCAGAGGAGGACCAGCAGAGGAAGGAUGAAGACAAGGCGAGGAAGGAAUACAUCCGGAAUGAAUAUUUGAGGAGGAAGCAGCUCAAGCUGAUGGAGGACAUGGGCGAAGUCAUCAAGCCUCGAUCCGGAAGUCUCAAGAAAAAGCCUCGGCCAAAGUCCAUCCACAGGGACGUCUUGGAGUCGUCCACUCCGCCUUCGAGAGCGACAGGGGUGCGUCCUCGGGGCUUCUCCGUGUCGAGCGUUUCUUUGGCGUCUCUCAAUCUGGCUGACAAUGACAGAGACCAGCCAGACAACAGGAAGAACAACAGAGGCAACAAACUAGCCACUGCCCAUAUCCCGUUUUAUUUAAGCUCUCCCAAAGAAAGAAAGGGAAGGCCAGACUCCGCGGAAGGUUUUUCUUCCUGUCCUUCGGCCGGCAGUCGCAACGGGGAGAAGGAUUGGGAAAACGAUUCGACCACCUCGUCCACGCCCUCCAACACCGAGUACACAGGACCCAAACUUUAUAAGGAGCCCAGUGCCAAGUCUAACAAGCACAUCAUCCAGAAUGCCCUGUCUCAUUGCUGCCUGGCUGGCAAAGUGAAUGAGGGGCAGAAAAACAAGAUACUUGAUGAAAUGGAAAAAUCUGAAGCCAAUAACUUCCUGGUGUUGUUCCGCGACGCCGGGUGCCAGUUCAGGUCCGUUUACAGCUACUGCCCCGAGACCGAGGAGAUCACCAAACUGGCCGGCAUCGGACCGCGGAGCAUUACCACCAAGAUGAUCGAGGGCCUGUACAAGUACAACUCGGACAGGAAGCAGUUCAGCCAGAUCCCAGCCAAAACCAUGUCCGCCAGCGUGGACGCCAUCACCAUCGCCAGCCACCUGUGGCAGACCAAGAAGCAGGGGACGCCCAAAAAGCACCCUAAGUAGUGCCGUGUGGAUGCGCAUCGUUUGGAUGGAAGAAAUUUGCGGAUUUUACUUGUUCAUUAAAGGGACAUGCAUCCCCCCCAUUGAAAAAACUGGAAUGUAGAACACAAGUGGGCCUCACAAAUAUCGUUACGAUUGCAGAGCUGGCGGUGACACUCUGGACAGCUUAAAUGAGGCGCAAGUGUGUACUUGUCAGCAUGUGUAUCAUUGUUCUCAUGUGCCAAAAAAAAAUAAAAAAUUAAAGAAAAUUACAGGCAAACCAAUGCCUUACCUAGUUGAACCACUGAAGCACUGAAUGUCACGCCUCGGACAGAGGCAGUUUGGUUUCUCUGAGUUGAUCAUGUGUGGCCUUAUGCUUGUUUUGUGUCAUGUGGAUGCGCUCUGAGUGUCAUUCUGUCAGCGCCUGUUGAAGACGUCUGUUUGUUGUGUGAACACGCAGGUCUGAGAUCAGCACCAUGAUCGGUUGUCAUGUAAAGGGUGGCCUGUGCGUGGUCAGAGGCAGCAUUUUUUUUGACGAAAGGUUUCGCUGCUAUAUACAGGCAUGUAUUUUUUGUUUUUCUGUUUUUUUACACAUGACUGAAAAACUUGUAGACAUUUGAAAUUCGUGUAUGUGUGUGUGUAUAGUGAAGUGCCAAGAAGAGUGAGGGAAAUACCUCGGUUGGGGAUUGCAAUUACUUUCCAAAAGUGUGUGAGACUAUCGAGCAUACAGAGGGCCGUCAAACUAUUCUGGAAAGCGCCUGCAAUGGACUCUUAAUUUAUUUGAUUUUGAUAAUGCUUUGGACAUAUUUUAAAAAGCGUGUUAGAUUUUAUUCAGAGGAACAUAAUAUACGACGCGUAUAUAAGUUAAACUGGUUUGUAUAUAAUGGCAGUUCCAUUCAAAAUGAGCAAGUCUGCUUGUAGUAGCUUUCGAGUAGCUUUUAUAAUUUAUCGGUAUCAGUGUGUUGUUGUUCGGGGCCUUUUGAUUGUGCUCAAAGAUGCAAAAGGUGCGAUCACUUGACGGUAUCGCUGAAAAGACUAUCAUGUGUAGUAGACUAGACAGAAAUCCCACACUGUGUCACCAGUCUGUGCAAUUUAAGAGUGAAUAACCACCAUUGACCAUGUCGCAGUUCGAACUAACAAAUACUCAAAAUGUCACUUUAAUGUGGUUUUUGUCUAGUAAAUCGCGAGUACACUCCAAGUGGUCCACAAUUGUAAAUAAAAAGGAAUUCACCUAUGAUAGCACUUCAAGAGCCUGUCCACUGUUUGUCAAGUCUAAUCAAACACUUCCCCACUUCAGGACUCAUUACUUUUACAUUAGUGUUACUUUUUUUUCUUUUUUUUUCUUUUUUUUUACAUUUUUUUAAUCAUUCAUUAUUCAUCAGUAUGUGUUGACACUGUACAGAUAUAUUUUGGCAUAUAGAAGUAUUUUUUGUAUUGACAUUUACAUGUUGGAAGUGCGUACUAAUGAAACAGUACAAUCGUUGAAGGAAGUGUGUUGAAUGCCAAGUGUAGCUGAGGAGGCGAGGUGUGUGAAGUCUUUUUUACGAGGCUUUGGUGUGGUGUUGUAUCAAAUGCAGUAAGAAAACCGAGAAAAUCAUAGUAUUUUUUCAAAACCUGAAUUCAUUUUCUUUUUAAUUAACACAAUAUGCUCAACUGUUCAUGGAUCCUUUUUUUUUUAUUCCUUCGAGCUUUAUUAAAAUGCCAGCUAUCAAUAGUA